AUGAACUGCGCCGACAACUCUGGCGCCCGUAACCUCUACAUCAUCUCCGUCAAGGGUAUCGGUGCCCGCCUCAACCGUCUCCCCGCCGGUGGUGUUGGUGACAUGGUUAUGGCCACUGUCAAGAAGGGAAAGCCUGAGCUCCGCAAGAAGGUCAUGCCCGCCGUCAUUGUCAGGCAGUCAAAGCCCUGGAGACGCGCCGACGGUAUGUUCCUCUACUUCGAGGACAACGCCGGUGUCAUUGUCAACCCCAAGGGUGAGAUGAAGGGUUCCGCCAUCACUGGCCCCGUCGGAAAGGAGGCUGCUGAACUCUGGCNNCCGUAA